AUCAAACUAAACCUAAAUUAUCAUAUAUUUUAGAAAUUAGAAUGUAAAUCAUGAGCACGAGCGCAGAAGAUCAAGCUCCCAAAAUAAAAGUGGAUGCAUGAAGAGUUGCCACGUUGCCACUUCUCUUGGGUGGCCAGCUACAAAAAUGGCCAGAUCUCUCUCUCUCCAUUCCACUCCGCACUCUCUCUUUCCUUUUCUCUCUCACGCUCCCACUAUAUAUCUCUACAAAUUUCCUCAAAAUCUUUUCUCUUUUUCCAUCCCCUUUCUCUCCUUAGGGUUUCAGAUUCUCCUUGUUUUUUUUUUUCCUCUUUUUCUUGAGAGAGAGAAAAGCUACGCUACGCGACCGAUUCCUACUGACCUCCAUUUCAGAUUCGGAUCCUCAACGUGUUCCAACCCAACGUUGAUCCUUUCUGUCUGGUUCCCCCGAUCCGAUCCGGUUGUUUUAUCCGAAAUUUUCAACGAGAGAUCCGUUAUUGUUUGUAUAGUUACGUUUUAAUUUGAUCGAAAAUGCUGCUUUUUUAUUCACUCUUUGUUGCAUGAUUUAUCAGCUCAGGAAAUGAGUCGAUUAUUUUGAAACGUAAAUCAUUGUUCGUGAGUUUGAAGAUCUGGCAUUAAAAGGCCAUAAGUGGACCAUUUUAGAUGGUAUGCAACAGUUGUUUAAGGAGUGUAAUUUUUCAGACUGGGUGUAUAGGAACAAUAUUAACCCAAAAAGGGUGCAUUUAAGGAGUAUUGGAAGGACUUUAUAUGUCUUUGGUGGAUUAAACUUUUGGUUGAAUAGUGAAUUUCAAACGAGUGCAAGGAUGAUGGUUGAUUCAAGUGCAACAGCGAAGCAACGUCCCAUUGUUGAUAUGUUUCGGGAAAAAGAUGAGGAUGGUGGAUAUGUAAGCGGAGGGUGGAAAAGUGAAGAUGGAAAAUUAAGCUGUGGAUAUUCAAGUUUCAGGGGAAAGCGAGCAACCAUGGAAGAUUUUUAUGAUAUUAAAACUUCCAAGAUUAGGGGGCAGACAGUGUGCAUGUUUGGAAUCUUUGAUGGGCAUGGUGGUUCACAUGCUGCUGAGUAUUUGAAGCAACACCUUUUUGAUAAUCUAAUGAAGCAUCCACAGUUCAUGACGGACACCAAACUUGCCAUAAGUAAAACAUAUCAACAGACUGAUGUAGAUUUCUUGGAUUCUGAAAGAGAUACUUAUCGAGAUGAUGGUUCAACCGCUUCAACAGCAGUGUUGGUUGGUAACCAUUUAUAUGUUGCCAAUGUUGGAGACUCAAGGACUAUAAUAUCCAAGGCUGGAAAAGCAAUCCCUCUCUCCGAAGAUCAUAAACCAAAUAGAAGUGAUGAACGGAAGCGAAUUGAAAAUGCUGGAGGAGUUGUUAUGUGGGCAGGAACUUGGAGGGUAGGAGGUGUGUUAGCUAUGUCUCGAGCUUUCGGUAAUCGCAUGUUGAAGCAAUUUGUUGUUGCAGAACCGGAAAUCCAGGAUAGAGAGAUGGAUGAAGAAAUCGAGUUGCUUGUGCUUGCUAGUGAUGGAUUAUGGGAUGUAGUGCCUAAUGAGGAUGCUGUUUCACUUGCUCGGGCAGAAGAAGAACCAGAGACAGCUGCUAGAAAGUUGACUGAAACUGCUUUCACCCGUGGGAGUGCGGACAAUAUAACAUGCAUUGUGGUGAGAUUCCGCCAUGACAAGGCAAAUCCAGCUAAUCCCGAGCAUGAUUAAGAAUCCUUAAUUUAUUGCAUGUGUAGAUUUAUUGACAAAUUAGUUAGUUUAAUUUUGAAAUCUGCAUGUGCCUUGUGGUCAAUGUGCAUAUAUCAAGGAGACAAUUUGUUUAUUCUUUUUUUUUUCAUAAUGUUAUCUUAUAUGGAACGUAUACUUGCUUUGUCCAUCUCCAAACAUGCUUAAUAUUUAGUUGAAAUCGUCAUGUGGCAUGGAGGCAGCCCCAUUGUGUCUUGCAAAUGCAUCUCCUGCUGCGUUUGCUUUGCAAAACCCACUGGGGCUGUAUCUCCUGUCACAUGACAAUCUCCUUAUCCAGUCUCAUUAGGAGAGAUUAAUUUUUCAACCAAACCGCAGAGCUUUUUCUUGAGAAACACCUGCUCAACAUAUCAGCAGUGUUUUUAUAAUAACAAUAAUAAUAAUAAUAAAACUAGAAAAGUGAAUAUGCGUAAUAGUGCUUUAAAAUUUACGCAUUAUUAACUGAUAUCCUGUGCAUCUAAUAUUCCACUUGACUAUGAUAAGAAUUCAGUACAAUCGUGAUUCGUUUUAAUGGAGGUUUUGGAGUAGUCAUGCUGAUAAUUGAUGUACACACCUUUCACACCCAUUUUGAUGCCAUUCUUUUUUUUAUCAGACUUUAACUAUUUUUUUAACGUGUCAUAUGCAUCCUAAGUGCCAUAUUAUUUGUGUACAUG